ACGCGCGACGCGACGCGCCCAACUCAUGGAUCGAUGAGAUAAACGCGCAACCCCGCUUUUCGCGUUAAAUCAAUACAAAUUUCAUCGAUUUUCGGAGCCGCAGCCGCCGCACACCGUAUUCGAGGAUCGCACGCGGUGGUUGCGCGCAUUAUAUUGUUUUAUUAAAAUGUGUAAAUGAAUGUGAUUGUGAAAAAAUAUAUCAAAAUGAUAUGCCUUUCUUUAUAUAGAAGUCAUGAAUCAUUAUUUUUUUAAGAGAAAGUAAAAUUAAAAAUGGUGUAAGAUGACAUCGACGGAUACCUAUCAAUUAAAAUGGCACUCGCACAGUUCGCAUUUAAACGGUUCUGUAGCCGCGUUGCUACGUUCGGAGCGAUUCACAGAUGUGGUACUUUGUACAAUGGACGGUUCACAAAUUCCUGCACACAAGUUUAUAUUGAGCUCAUGCAGUGUGUACUUGAGCACUUUGUUCGAAGGACAACGGUCUGUAACACGCAUGGGCGGAAUGUUAUACGUUGUUUUACCUUCAGAGAUAUCUACAAAAGCGCUAAAGAUUCUAGUGGAAUAUAUGUACAAAGGAGAAACAACUGUAUCUAACGAAGUAUUAGAUACAGUAUUAAAAGCUGGAGAAGUUCUAAAAAUUCGAGGUCUCUGGAGACAGACUGAUGAGCCCGGAGGUGACACACCAGCUGAAAAAACAAGCACUCAAACUGUUAACAAACAAACAAAGAAAACAGAUGAACAGCCAAAGAUUACCGUUAAGAAAGAUGACAAACUCCUUAAAUCAUUCAACCCGGUUCAACCUCAGGGUGUUACAAGACCAAUGUUCAUCGGUCCACCGAAGCUUGUCUUUAUUAAGACAGCGGAUGGCGGGACACAAGCGGCGCUCCGUCCAGGCGCACCGAAGGGCCAAACUAUUCUGGUCGCACCCGCACCAACUACUGAAAUGACCACCGCGACCGUCACCACGCCGACUGCGACGACAACGGCCACCGUAUCUCAUACAACAGAGGACUCGUCGGACGAGACGCCACCUCCGCGUAUAUUGAGACGUCAUGCGGCUGAACGCAAGUACGGGAAGAGGCAAAAGACUGAAAAUGCAGAGAAAGAGGCGAAAGAGGCUGAGGAACAAGAAAAUGCGUCUGUUAGUUCAAAAAAAUCCAGCCAAACCCUUUCAGAGAUGAAUACCGAAGUGCACGUCAAAGAUGAACCAGAGUGGGACGCCAGCAGUAUAGAAGAAGAGGAGCGGUCCAUCGCCGAGAUGUUCCAAGCAGAGAUGAGCGUUAAGUCGGAGCCGAUCGACGAUAUGGACAUUGAAGAAGAGAGUUUGCUGUACAGUCCGCUGGCGUGCGAGCUGUGCGCGGAGGUGUUCACCGUGCCGGCGGCCUGGGUGCGCCACGUGCAGAACCACGCGCGCGACCACCACCACCACCCCAGGCGCCGCAAGAAUCGCUCUGCGAGUGAUGACACAGAGGAGACAAUGGCAUUGCUAAGAUGUGAUCUAUGCCAGAAACACUUCCCAAACCCAGCGGAAUGGGUCCGACACAUCCAGAGCACACACACCGAAUCAGAAUUGGCCAUAUCAAACAACAGUGCCCCACCAAAACGUCACAAUCGUUUCACAGAGGGCGCGCAAAACAAAACUUGCUCGUUCUGCAAGAAGACAUUCCCGUCGCACGCCUCUAUGCUCAUACAUAUGCGUACUCACACAGGGGAGCGACCAUUCGUCUGCGGCCUCUGCAACAAAGGCUUCAACGUGAAGUCGAAUCUGCUGCGGCACCUGCGCACGCUGCACGACCAGGUCAUCAGCCCCGCGCGCCUCGACGACGACGAGUGCACGCCCGAGGACGACGUGCCCGGCACCAGCGAGCCCAAGCGCGAGUCUUGAGGACGAGGAGGGGGGGCAGGUAGAGGCCGCGGCCGCCGCGCGGCGCUCGUGUCGGCGUUGUCCAGCGACUCGGCGCUGCGCAAGCAGAGCUACUCGCUGUUCCUCAAGCAGCGCGCCGUGCUCUUCUCCGCCAAGAAGUGGAAAUAGUCACGCCCUUCCCGCUGCCACGAGCCGACGCCGGGUGAUCGAUUACCGGACUGCGCACGGAGGCCCACUCUGACGUGUUGACCGUCUCGGUUGUUAGACGUCGCAUUUCUUAACGUAGUAUUGAAUAGAUAGAGAUUCACUCGAUUCUGAAUCAAAACUUUAUUAAAAUUGCCUAUUUGUUAUUUCAUUAUUGAAAAUAAAUGCGAUGUCUAAUAUUAUUCCAUUAAAUCGAUACGUACAAUUCCGAAAGUAACAUUGUUAGAUAUUCGAAACCGGUGUAUAAAAUACACAUUUAAGCAGCGAUUGGUUAAAUGUUAGUGUGAAGAAUUAUAACGUGUGAGCGAGUGACUGAAUUUUCCUUCUGAAAUUAUAUAAUUAUGUCGAAUUAUUAAUUCGAUCUACCGCCUCCGUUAGUUCUUACAUAUUUUCAUUGUGUUUAUACUAUAUCAAAAGGUAUAAAACCAAUAAUCUCUAUGUUACUUUUAUCAGUGAUCAUCAUAAUUAUUGAAGGAUAUGUGAGUGUUGCAUUAUUCCAGGAAUUAUGCAUGUGCUAACACGUUUGCGUACGAUUAUCGCAGUGGAUACCAUUCUAAUUCGUGGUUAUGACGAUGGCUGAUAUAAAAAUGAAGAGUUGAGAAAACACCUCGGAACAGAAGUUAUGGCAGCGGGCUCGGCGUUGAAUUUCGUAUCCUGCCCACCCUCCUUAUAAAUUUUAAUCUUGUAUUUAAUUGAAUUUUAUUCCUACGAUUAAUUUUUAUUAUUCUCUAAUAUUAAGUUCACUAGUUUAGGAUAGUUUUAAGUGUUUCAUGUGAUCUUUGAAUAUUUCUGGUCAGUUUUAUUUAUAAGUAAUGUUUAGUUUAUCCUAUAGAUUAGUUUAGUUGCGGACAAUAUGUCCUAACAGAAUGUAAUUUUUUUUAGUAUUAUAAACACGCACUAUUCUAUUCUUACGACGGAUGAGCAAAGAAUGUGUUAUAAUCGUAAUUAUAUAAGUAAUAAUUUUACUUAAUGUUCACCAUUCCAAAUGUUAGAAGUAAAUAUUUUGUGUUCCCUGUAUUAUUAUUUAAAUACUCAUGUGUAACAUGGAAGUGACAUUCAAGUUAUUGCUAUUUUA